CCGUCUCCCGCAACAACCAAGAGCGAUCAGUAUGGCUUCGCGCUCCGUGAUCAAGGCAGCUCUCUUGCUGGGUCUGGUGUACGGAGCGGUAGCUGGUGGAGGCUACGGCUCCUCCGGCGGUGGAGGAGGCUUCGUUGGAGGAAGCCAUGGCGGCGCUGGAGGAAGCUUCGGAGGCUUCGGAGGGAGCCACGGCGGCGUUGGAGGAGGCCUCGGCGGAGGCAGCUUCAUCGGAGGAGGCGGAGGCCACGGCGGCUACGGCGGAGGCGUUGGCGGCGGCAGCGUCGUCAGAGCACGCCUGGUCGGAGUCGGCUACCUUCCCUCUAUCGGAGGCGGCUAUGGCGGCGGUGCCGUCGGAGGCCACGGUGGCGGCGCUGGAGGCUUCAUCGGCGGCGGCAGCUCCUUCGGCAGCGGUGUCGGAGGUGGAUUUGGAAGCAGUGUGGGAGGCGGAUUCGGAAGCCACGGGUCUUCCGGACACGUCAGCGGCGGAUACGGCGGGAAAUAAGUGUACUUGAAGAAAUAAUUGAGGCGGCCUUUGAUCGAAGGCGUCGGAAUUAAACUGAAAUGGCGUGUUCUCACAUGUCGUCUGCGUUUAAGGGGAACGCCCGAAUAAAUGUCGUUUUUCCUUA